CUGAGGUGGUCUGGCACGCAAUCGCUCACACAUGCUUUGAAAUGUGAUCUUGAAUGGGUCUCGGACAGCGGCGCAGCUGGGAAAUACGUCCUGCCCAGUGGAGCUGGUGGUCGACCUCAACCAGGCAGACGGCUGACCUGAAGGGGACAGACUGCAGACAUGGACAGGGAAAACAUGAUGAAGGAAGUUAACGACAGGCUGAAAAGUCACCUUCGAUACAAGCUCACGUGGAUAAACGAGGGGACGUCUGACGGCCGCUCUCGACUCGACCACGUCUACACCAGGCUCUACAUGACUGAUCGGGCCUCCAGGUUCGACCUCAGAUCACACGAGAUACUCGACCACUUCAAAGUCUCAGAUCAGACGGGGCGGAUUACAGGACACUGUGAGCGGAUCGACUGCCUGGACAUUUUUACAACAGGAAGAAAGAGUUUCCAGCUCCCUGUGAGAGACGGACCCAUCCGCACCGUGAUGACCAAAGGCAUUGCCGGCAUUGGGAAGACAUUCGCUGUUCAGUUCUUCGCUCUGAACUGGGCAGAAGGAAAAUCGAACCAGGAUAUCGAUCUGAUUCUCAUGCUUCCCUUCAGAGAGCUGAACAUGCUGAAACAGGGGGAGUACAGUCUGAUGCAGCUUCUCCUGCACUUCUACCCUCAACUGAGCCCACUGGAAAACACCCCACAUCUCGCCAGCAUGCACCUCCUGGUCAUCCUGGACGGUCUGGAUGAGAGCAGAUUCCCCCUGGACUUUGAUGGAGGUGGAAGAGUGAGAGACAUCGAUCAAAAAUCCACAGUCGACGUGCUGCUGACCAGUCUCAUCAGGGGGAGUCUGCUGUCCAACGCGCGGCUCUGGAUCACCUCCCGGCCGGCGGCGGUCGGCCAGGUUCCUGUUCAUUACAUCGACCAGAUGACUGAAGUCCAAGGCUUUACUGACCAGGACAAAGAGAUUUACUUCAGAAAGAGAUUCAGCAGCUCUCCAGAAGUCCUGUCUUGUCUCAAAGGUAUGGUCAGCUUCUACUUCAUGGGACACAUCCCCAUCUUUUGUUGGAUCCUUGCUGAGGUGUUGAAGAGCGGAGACGAGAGGAGCCGAACCAUCAGAACAAUGACCGAGCUCUACAUUCACUAUUUACUCAUUCAAACACGGAGAUCCGAGCAGAAGUAUGGAGAGAAGGACUCAAAGAACGAGGCCAAAGAAAGUCUGUCAAGGUCACAGAAGGCCGACAUGCUUUUAAAUCUGUCCAGGCUGGCCUUCGAACAGCUGCAGAAAGGAAAUAUCAUUUUCUAUGAGAAAGACCUCCAGGAGUGUGGCAUUGACGUCAAUGAAGCUUCUGUGUUUUGUGGGUUUUGCUCAGAAAUCCUGAAGCAGGAACGUGGCCUGUACCAACAGAAGAUGUUCAGCUUUGUGCAUUUAAGCUUCCAGGAGUUUCUGGCGGCUCUUCACGUGUUUCACUGCUGUGCCAGCAAUCGCAGCACCCUGACGUCUUUCCUCGGUGAGGACAUCGCAGACCUGAGCUGGCUGGAGCUGCAGAAGAAGGUGGUGGAUCAAGCCCUUCAGAACAAGAAGGGGCAGUUCGACCUUUUUCUCUGUUUCUUCCUUGGAUUGUCGCUGGAGUUCAAUCAGACGAUGCUGCAGGCGUUACUACCAGAGACGAAGAGCAGCACAGACACCUCGGAGGACAUGAAGACGUACCUCAGAAUCUUCCACACAGGAAACCUCCCAGCAGACAGAUGCAUGAACCUGCUUCUUUGCCAGUUUGAGCUGAAUAAGGCGCGAUUUCAAGAGGAAGUCCUCAACUACCUGGACACAGGAGCAAUAUUAUCCCCCUUCAGCUGUGCUGUGCUGUCCACCAUGCUGCAGAUAUCUGGAGAGGUGACUGAAGAACUGAACCUGGCCAACUGUCUAAUCUCAUCUGAGGGACUCCUGAAGCUUCUCCUGAAUGUAAAGAACAGCAAGAAGGCUUUGUAAGUACUUCAGAUUGAGAGAGAAUGUUUCAUAGCAGAGCAUCAUGUGGUUGGAGUGGAUGAUGCUCACCCCAGGAGGACUGGAGGACGUUACAGGAGACACUGAUGUCUGGGCUUCUCUGCUCUUUAUCCCUUUAUUUUAGAUAAUAUUUAUUUGAUUGCGUCACAAGACCAUUAAAAAUGUCAGCUGGUGUGACAAAUUAAAUUGGAGGAUAUCAAAUCGGAGCUGUGGCAGCAUUUUUGGCUGUCUGAAGUUGAAAAAUGAAAAUUGUGAGAAAAUAUGAGACAAGACCAAAUUAAUCGGAAAAUAUUUCAAUUCGCCUUGGAUCGGUGAUUGAAGAGAUUUUCUUCAUAGUUUAAUUUGUGCCAGAUUUGUUUUAAAAAUCAGUCAAUUCAUUUUUGUUGAGACAAAUAAUCA